AGUUCGCAGAGAACAUGUGGACAAUCGCAGGGAUACGGUUAACAGUAGUGUGUGAUUGUUUUUGUAGAUGGAAUUAGGACUUUAUUACACUUUUGUCAUUUUAAACAGAUAACUGCAGUGUACAUUUAUAUGUAAUAUAUUUACAUUUGUUAUUUUUUUUGCAACAGACAAACAAAGUUGUAUUUAACUACAACGACGUUUGCAUCUUUUCUUCCCAAUGGUUCCACGUCUGACUUUUAACACAACAAGGGAAUAAAUCUACACCUUGCCAGUCCCUCGUUUCUAAUUUUGUGGACAUUUCCAGUCGGCCAAAUGGACGGGAAGGCUCAUGAACAAAGGAAACAUCAGUCCAAACACAGUGGUCCGAAGGCAGAAAGGAAGAAACUGCGGAAGCAUGGAGACCCAGUCGAGAACGAUGAAAGAAAACGUAACCCCAAAGCCUUUUCGGUACAGUCCGCUGUACGCAUGGCCAAGACUUUCCACAGGAGCCAGGAUAUAAAGACCAAAAAACACCACAUCCCACUUGUUGACCGGACCCCCUUGGAGCCGCCUCCUGUGGUGAUUGUAGUCGUUGGCCCUCCUAAGGUGGGGAAAAGCACCCUAAUACGUUGCCUGAUCAAAAACUUCACUCGGCAGAAGCUCGGGGACAUACGUGGCCCUGUGACUAUUGUCUCUGGCAAGAAACGCCGUCUCACUUUCAUGGAGUGCAACAAUGAUAUAAAUACAAUGAUCGACCUUGCAAAAGUUGCUGACUUGGUUCUUAUGUUGAUUGAUGCCAGCUUUGGCUUUGAAAUGGAGACAUUUGAGUUCCUGAACAUCUGCCAAGUGCAUGGCUUUCCUCGUAUCAUGGGCGUACUGACUCACCUGGAUUCCUUCAAGAACAACAAGGCACUUCGUAAAACCAAGAAAAACCUCAAACAUCGCUUCUGGACGGAGGUCUACCAGGGCGCCAAGCUCUUUUAUUUGUCUGGCAUGGUGUAUGGGGAGUACCAAACACAGGAAGUGAAGAAUCUUGGUCGCUUCAUCUCUGUCAUGAAGUUUCGUCCUUUGGUAUGGCAGACAUCACAUCCUUAUGUGCUUGUUGACCGAAUGGAGGACUUAACUGACCCUGAAAAGAUCCGAACUGACCAGAAGUGUGAUCGGACCGUGUCGCUCUAUGGCUACCUGCGAGGCACAUAUUUGAAGAACAAAAGCCAGGUCCAUAUUCCAGGUGUUGGCGACUUCCAGGUUGCCGAUGUGAACUUUCUCCCAGACCCAUGCCCGCUUCCAGAUGCUCAGAAGAAGCGAGCACUGAACGAGAAGGAGCGACUGCUCUAUGCACCCAUGGCCGGAGUUGGCGGGGUGGUAUACGACAAAGAUGCUGUGUACAUUGACUUUCCUGCAAGCCAUGUCAAUCAGCAGGAGGAGUUGAGACCCACGACAGAGCUGGUCCAGUCGCUCAUUGACACGCACUCCACUCUGGAUGCCAAGAUGGCCGCUAGUAGAGUGACUCUCUUCAGCGGCUCUGCCGGCUUGGACCCCACAGAGAUCAGCUCACAGAGCAGGGAAAACGUGGGCCCCCUGGAGGAGAGUAUUUGGGAUGAUGCGAGCCAGAGACAGAGGAGGAAGGUGAUCUUCAGUGGCGAGGACGAGGCUGAAGACAAAGGUGACGUCGGUGCCUCCAGCGAUGAGGAAGACGGCAGCAAUGAAGAAAGUGACCUCGAGGACCAGGAUGAAGACGAUUUAGACGAUAACCUCUCCGGUUUUAUCCGCGAGGCCAGAGACAAAUGUGCCACAAGUGAAAAAGGCGUCGCACCUUUGAAGAAACAGAAGCUGCAGGAGACGAAAGAAACGGCGGCGGAGUUGCCCGUUUUCGCUGACAGUGAAGAUGACUUGGAGAUGAGCGGGGAAGAGCAUGAAGACGUGGAUGCUGAGAGAGUAGGAGACUCGGGACAUUGCUCCAGUGAGGAUGAAGGAGACAGUAGUGAUGACGAGAAGGAAGAUGAUGAUCAGGAAUUGUCACAGGAGGAGGAGGAGAAGGAUGAAGAUGCAUCUCAGUCUAGCGGGAAAAAUACAGCGAGUGAAAGUGAUGCAGAGGAAGAGGAGCUGGGGGCUCUCCGCUGGAAAGAGGGUCUGCAGCGAAAGGCAUCGGAAGCUUUUCUACGACACCAAGAAUCUGCGCCCAAUCUGCGGAAACUGGUUUAUGGUUCAGUUGUCGAGAAGAAAGACGACGACGAGGACGAUGAUGAGGAAGAGAUGGGAGGGCUUUUCCGAGUCAGCCACCCUCAGAAGAGCAAAAAAUUUCAAGCAAACGCACUGGAUUGUUCUCGUUUCAAGCCAAAUGCCUCACACAACUGGGAUCUGAAGGAGAUGCUCGACUCCAUUAGGGACUGCUUUGUGACUGGGAAGUGGGAUGGGGACCAAGAUGCCGCCACACUGCUGAAGGAGGACGAUGAGAUGUACGGAGACUUUGAAGAUCUGGAAACAGGCCAAGUCCACAGUGGCAAAACUGGCAAACAGGAUGAAGACGAAGACGAGAAUAAUGACAGUGAGGAUGACGACGACGCUGAAGAGACCCUGAUGAAAGUGGAUGAUGAAGAAGUCCAGAAAAAUAAGCGUUUGGAGAAAAAACGGAGGCUAAAAGAGAGAUUUGACACAGAGUAUGAUGAUGCAGACGCCACAUACUUUGAUGAUCUGAAGGAGGAGUUGCAGAAGCAGGCAGAGCUGAACCGCGCGGAGUUCAUGGAUGUCGACGACGAGACAAGAGUCCAGUACGAAGGUUUCCGUCCAGGAAUGUACCUCCGAUUAGAGAUCGCGUCUCUUCCCUGUGAGUUUGUCACCAACUUUGAUCCACACUACCCCAUCAUCCUCGGCGGCUUGGGUUCCAAUGAAGGGAGUGUUGGAUACCUGCAGAUGAGGCUGAAGAAACACCGCUGGUAUGAUCGCAUCUUGAAAACCAGGGACCCGCUUAUUCUGUCCCUCGGGUGGCGCCGCUUUCAGACCAUCCCCCUUUACCACAUCGAGGACCACAACGGACGGCACCGCCUGUUAAAAUAUACGCCACAGCACAUGCACUGCGGUGCCUCCAUCUGGGGUCCCAUCACGCCACAGGGAACAGGUUUCCUGGCGUUGCAAUCCGUAGCCGGGGUUAAGGCUAAUUUCCGUAUCGCAGCCACAGGAGUGGUCCUUGACCUGGAUAAGUCAAUGGCUGUAGUAAAGAAGCUCAAACUCAUUGGUUAUCCAUACAAGAUCUUCAAGAACACCUGUUUCAUUAAGGGCAUGUUCAACACCGUGCUGGAGGUGGCUAAAUUUGAAGGGGCAUCUGUACGAACAGUGUCAGGGGUCAGAGGUCAAAUCAAGAAAGCACUGUCAACACCAGCAGGGUCUUACAGAGCCACGUUUGAGGACCGGCUGCUUAUGAGUGAUAUUGUGUUCCUGCGCUCCUGGUAUCCCGUGUCCGUCCCACAGCUCUACAAUCCUGUCACAUCGCUGUUGCUGGCCGUGGGUCACAAGGACAGCUGGUCGGGCAUGAGGACGCUGGGGCAGCUCAAACACGACCUGGGAGUCCGGAACAAACCCAAGACUGACUCUUUGUACAAGCCUGUGGUCAGGAGAAGACAGCAAUUCAAUGCCCUCCGCAUCCCCAAAGAGCUCCAGAAGGCGCUGCCUUUCAAGAACAAACCCAAACAGCAGGGACACAAAGGCAAAAUGCCCAGAGACCUCCAAAGGCCCAGCGUGGUCAGAGAGCCUCAUGAGCGGAAGGUGGCGGCCCUUCUGCACGCGCUGAGCACAGUUCACUACCAUAAGGCCAAGAAAGCACGCACAGCUCACCGCGCCAAACAUGCACAGUUCCUGCAGCACAAGGAUAAAGAAGAGGACGCCAAGCUAAAGAGGCAAAAGGAAGCUCGUAAGAAGCUGUACCGUGUCAUGGGCCAGAUGGACCAGAAGAAGCAAAGGUCUAGUCUGAAGGGGGCGUCGCAGGAGGACUAGCCUGCCAAAUCUUCACUCCUCUUCAGUUCUUCAGUUCAGCAAGGACAGACUGCCAGUUGCUGUCGUUUGUUAUGAUUAUGUUAUUGUGCCUAUUCAACUAUUCAAGAUUUUCCCGAUUUUCACUCUUCAACUUGCUGUGGAUUUUUAAAUGAAAUAAAUAAUUUGAGGAAUAUUGUUAUGUUUU